GCGCGCGAUCCAUUCUGGGACGAAUAUCAAAAGGGUGAAAAAGAAAACAGCCCACGUCGCGAUAUCUCACUUGUUGCUCUUUCCCUUGGGCCAUAUGGAGCAAUUUUAUGCAAUGGUGCUGAAUACACUGGUGACUAUGGAGAUGCUACUUUUGACGAUAUCCUUUGGUUUCACAAGGAGCGUCUAGACAUAUACGCUGGUUACAUAACGCAGAAAAUUACUUUCACAAACUCUCGAAACCUUGAGCAGCGCACUUUUCAACGGCCUCUACUGAUUUCCGCCGUGAAACGAAAACUCGUAUUCGUACAAUUCAUGAAGCAAAGCUCAUGA